AUGGAAACACAAAGUGAUAUUUUCUCCAAGAGACUCAUUAUUUCAGUGUUAUGGAACAUCGGACUCCAGACGUUUCUUGCCGUUGUUCUAGUUUUUCUAAUACAAGUGGAUAUUCUGCAUCCCGUGUCAUGGAUUACUUCAACUCUACACGAUACAUUUGGAUGGAAGAUGGGACUAAACAUCGUUUUGCUUAUAUUGGUUUCUUUUUUUCAAGCCUAUGUUUAUGGAAGUUACUACAUGAUGCCAUUGCCUAAAUAUUUCACCAGGUUCUCCAUGUUCUUGACUAUGUUUUCCGUACAAAAUGCUAUGUUCAGUGUACUGUAUGCACUCAGUGGUUACUUUACUAUGGGCUUGUACUCAUCUCUGGCAAAAAGCAAUUACAACAUAUUGAAGAAAAAGUGCGACUUUUAUGAUGGCCAAUGUCUGGUAGAGCCAAGUCUUUUUCUCCAGUUUGGAGGCAUGUGGAUGGGAUUGUAUUAUUUUUUGAACAUUCACAUCUUUGGAACUACAAUGCUUAUGUUUCCUCAUGUUUACCAAGACAAGUUCCAGCAAAUUAAAUUGGCUGUUAACAAUAUUCUCUCAAUGGGAUUUAGGAAUGCAGUGAUGCCGGUUGCUUAUUACUGUGCUUUUUACUAUUUGUGGGGAAAUAAACCAAGAAGCCUAGUGUCGGAGGCAUAUAGCUUGUAUCUAGAAGACCCUCCUUUAGACAAUGUCUUUAAUUUGAUGAAAUCUGGAAUUUGGAUUGGACUUUGGUUUUACACAAGCCUGUUCUUUGUGUCAGUUUACACAAUGAGAACUAUUUUUAACAUUGUUCUUACUGAGCCAAUGAAAUUCCCCAUUGAAUCUUCUUCGAGUUUGGUGCUACACAAUGCUUUGGCUCUGAGAGCACAAUUUAAUGGAUACUUGGGAGCACAAGAUUUGAGAAUUAUGUCAAUGACUGAUCUGGCAAGGAGGCAACAGAUAUACACACUUUCUCAACCUGGUGGACACCCAAGGAAUUGGAACAACUUGUUGGAGCAGUGCAUCAGCAUUAUUAAUGACUUCAGUAAAGAACUGGAGGCUGUCAAUGGGGAUGGAAAAUCUAAUGAAGCAGAGGCAUCCAAACUAAGAAAUGGAAAUGUAUCAACAAGUAAUGGAUUUAAAUUCUCCGGAAAUCUGAGAAAUAUGGCACAAUCUCCUAAAUUGAAAGAACUGAAGGAUCACAAUAAGAACAAACAAGAGGACACAUUUAUAAAUGCUGUUAAAGACGAUUUUAAUUUGUUUAUUCACAAACUUUGUCAAAAACCUGGUAUUAGUUAUUUGUUUGGGGAACUUACUGACACUAAAUUAAAGUUUUUGUUGAUGCAAGCUCAGCCAGUGAUGUGGACUUGUGAAGGUUUAGCUAGUAUUGCCGCUGCCUCAUUGAAUGAAGACAAAUAUGGAGUUGUUCAGAAUGACUUGCCUAUUGUUAUAUCAACUUUAAUUAACCUGAAACAAAAUCUGGAUAAAUUGACAAAACCGGGCCUGGUGCCGAGGAAGCAUAUUUUGAAUGAUAGUUUUGCCAUUAAAAUGAAGACUGCUCUGAUCUCAUCAGUGAAAAGAAGUAUUUAUAAGAUUGCCAUUACUUUCUCAAAGUACAUACAUGAAAUACCCUUGGAUCCUGAUAUUCAAGUAGCAUUACAGCCAUUUUUGAUGUGUAAAGAAGCAUGA